CACUUCUUACCAUAUAUCCGGUCUAGGUACGGACGAUUCGGAGUGUCUAUUUAUGUUUAUUCUCAUAUAAUUGUUGUUUUGUUUUUGUUUUGUGUGUUCUGUUCUUCUUCUUUCUUUUUUAACGUGAAAAGAAACCGAGUGCAAAGUUCGUGCAAACAUUUUCGACAUUUUUAUCUGCUUUGUGUGUGGUUUAAUACAAUCUAUCUCUCUCGUAAGUGUAAUAAUUUUUUGUUUAAAUACAGAAACUGUGUGUUACGAUAAAAACAAAAUCAUCGAGCAGGCGAUAACAGAAAAUACAAUUUGAAACCGAUUUAGGUUUAGCUUGUAAUUUGAUGUAUUUGAUGUUAUGUAGCCAAGGACGUACAUUCAAUUAGCGGUUUAACCAUUUAUUUGUACAACAAGUGUUUAUAAAUUUAUGUUUUCUUCGUGUUCAGCGAAAAUCGAAAAUAGUUUCGCAUUAGAAGAGGAACGCAGAACGGCGAAAACGUUACACAUAAUGUACCGUACUUGUAACACGAUCGUAAACUGUUGCGAACCAUAAUAUAACACAACGACUGGCAUCAAACAUGGUUUGAAGAACGUGAGCGAAAAACGCAACCAUAACAUUACUACAUUUUGUGCACCCAUCAUUCGUCCUGGAGGUUGACGGCCCGAAACCACCCUCUCCUUCAACACCGCCAUAUCAGCGUCUGACACAGGCCCUACAAUCGGACCCAAGAUGUGCACAAGAGGUCGCACUUGGAAGGAGAGUCGGUCUUUACAGAUUCUGUGGCGACAUUGGACGUGGAAAUUUUUCACGAGUUAAAUUAGCAAUUCAUCAACUCACAAGAGAUAAAGUAGCAAUAAAAGUUGUGGAUAGAGGACGAUUAGAUACCCGUGCGUUGCGUAUGCUCUCUAGGGAGGUAACUACAUUAGAAUGUGUACAUCAUCCAAAUAUAUUGAGAUUGUUUGAGGUUGUCGAAACAUUGGGACGAGUUCAUUUAGUUACAGAAUGGAUAAGGGGCGGUGAACUGUACAACAGGAUAACUCAAGGUGGUCCAUUGACAGAGUCACAUGCGGCUCCAUUAUACAAACAAUUGUUAUUAGCUGUUAAACAUAUGCACUCAUUGGGAUUCGUACACAGAGAUAUCAAAGCGGAAAAUGUAUUAAUGGUUACCGAAGAUAGAAUUAAACUUGCCGACUUUGGAUUUAGCACUCAGUUAAUAAAUGGUGCUCAGCAACACUUAGACACUUUUUGUGGUUCGCCACCGUAUGCCGCACCGGAAUUGUUCAGCGAUGACCAUUACAUUGGUGGACCAGUCGAUGUGUGGGCAUUGGGUGUUUUAGUUUACUUUAUGAUCGUUGGUAAUAUGCCAUUCCGAGCGCCUACCGUGCCAGCAUUACGAACAGCCGUACUGUCCGGUGACUUUUCCCUGCCAUCUCAUUUGAGUUUACCUUGCAUUCGGCUCAUACAACGCAUACUAGUCCAUACACCGUCUCGUCGACCGACAAUCGAUCAACUUUUAGCUAGUCAAUGGGUUAAUCAUAAUCAUUUGCCGAUUGACAUAACCCAACCGAAGCAACAAAAAAAAUCUUGGUUUUCGCGUCGACGAAAACUUACGCACGAACGACACAUUGAAAUGAGUAAUCUGGCGCCCAUCCAAUGUAGCACAAAACGUGCCAGCAGUAUUUAUGCCGAAAAUUUCUUAAAUCCCAUUGAUAUGCCAAAUAUAGAAGAAUUGACAAUAAGUCAACCGAAUGUCACGAGGUCACAUCGCCGGUCCAUAUUCAGCGGAACAUUGAAAAAGAAAAUCGGACCGAUGGAGGAUGGUGGCGAGAAGGGGAAUAUGUUCAAUCGGAAAAAUAGUUUAGAAAUCAAAACGGUUGAAAGUGACCAACUGAACGGAACGAACGGUCCACGCCGUCAGCCCAGCACGGAUUGUAAUAAUCCAUUCGAUGAAGAGCAAGGAAAUUUCAUCAUGGCACCAACAUUCACCGAUGACCUAACGCAUUUACAUCAUUUGGAAGUCGAAGCGAGACUGCUGCUCGGUAAACUCGGUUUAACGAGUGAAAUACUGUGUCGGUCUAUUGAGAAUGGACCGCGUAGCGAAGUGAUCGGUAUUUAUCGCAUUGUGAUUCAUCGACUGCAAAAGCAAAUGUGGCAAACGAGACAAGCUGAGAUUAUUGCAAAUGAAGAAGUAACCAGACCAAAGAGCAAUCGAACUUGUGCCAUACUUUAGUUUUCUAUUUUGAAUUAUUUUCUUUUAUUUCGGAUUUUUUAUGGACAAGUGUGUGUCUCUCCUCUAUCUCUCUCUCUGUCCGACAACAUUAUUAUAUGAACAUAUUGAAUGGUAUGUGUCCUAUUGAA